UAUCAGUUAGCAAUUUGGCGGUGACGUGGCGCAUCCUUCCCCACUUGUUUCGCUCCUUGUUGAAUCUAUCGAAUCGUCGUCAAUGUCAUCAACGCUUUUCGAUUUCGCUUCCUCUCGUCUCUCUCUGUGGUGUUAACAAUGGCGACGAAUAGUUUAGUAACCGGACUAAAAGUGACUUUACCGGUUAUGUUCUGUGUGAUGCUCGCGACUCUUGUCUACACCAUUAUCACCGAUGGCCUUCCUUUACCUGAUCGUCAUGAUGUCUUCACACCAUGGUUCGUUACGACAAUUCUGGAUUUCUACAUUAAUAUUGUACCUAUAGCGGUUUGGAUUGUGUAUAAGGAGUCUACAUGGUCUGGUUCAAUACUUUGGACCAUUUUGCUCUUAAUUUUUGGCAGCCUCACUACAUGUGUGUAUGUGUUUCUGCAACUUCUCAAACUGACAAAUCAAGAAGCUUCAGAAGAUCCUAUGUACUAUUUGUUACUUCGAGAUUCAAUCAAGGAUGGAGUUGGUCUGAGAGACAAGAAUUCACUUGUUGUCACUGCAAGAUUUGUGUUUGGUGCCUUAGGAUGUGUGAUGCUAGGAGCUUUGAUCUACACUUGCUUCACUUAUGGUUCUCCUUUCCACAUGGAGCUCCUAUACCCGUGGAUGGUGGUUUUAUUGGUUAACUUCUACAUUAAUGUUGCAGUCUUAUCAGUUUGGGUUGUCUAUAAAGAAUCUAGUUGGAUCGUUGGAAUUCUCUGGGUUGCUCUAUUGAUAGGUCUUGGCAGCGUUGGCACGAGCGUAGCCAUUGUCGUGCAGCUAUUCCGUCUAUCUCCUCUCGACCCGCUCUACCUCGUUCUGGUGAACAACAGCAAUCGGAAGCAAAGUUAAAAGUAAAGGCUAAGUUAGUGAACUCUCUCAUGGGUCAUGGCAGGGCUGGAGAUAUGUAUGAGCGCACUCAUUCUGCGGUUUUGCGUAUGUGAAGCUUUGUGAUUUCAUUUUUACUUUUCACCACAAAAGUUCAAAGAAUUUAUUAUCUACUUGACUACAUUACAAGUUUGUAUGUUCCAUAGUUUUCUUCUGUAUAUAAUUUCUCUUAUGUGAGAAAACAAUUACUUAUGUAAUCAACUUUUUUUUGGGUCAUGACUUGAAAACACACAUGGAUUGAGACUUUUUGGGCCAUUUGAUGACAUAUUUUAGUUUUGUCUAAAAAAA